AUGUCCCAUACCACGCCCUCGUCCAAUCGAAACUCUUUACGUCGACGCUCUUCCGGAUACUCGUCAAUAACGCCACGAUUGUCGCAGGAAUUCGAACAUCAAAAUUUCGAUGGCGGUGGAGACGGCGGUCUGGGGAAUCUGGCCGACGAACUAGGGGAACUUGAUGAUUGGGACGAGGACGACGAAGGAGUCGAAGGUGAAUACGAGGACGAAGACGAUCUGCCGCACGAGGGCGCGAACAACAUCGGCGUAGCGGUGGAUCACGACGGAGGCGUCGGCACCGUGAACGGUGUUAGGGACAGCGGCGUCGCAAUGCAGACUUCUUCGCCUGCGGCUACGAGGCUCAGUCCACAGUCUGCAGUCAAGAGUAGGAAACAUCAGAGGCAGCAUUCAUUAUACGACGGAUCGGACUACGGGGACGAUUCAGACCUGGAAUCAAACGAGGGCAUCUCACCUGCCCUCGAAAAUCGCAUGGCUGCUAUCGAAAGCCUAGCACGGCGGGGCAUGGAAGAGAAUGGCAGCGCGGCGGACGGUGUAGUCAAGCGGGUGACAGAACAAUUACGAGACCUCGGAAGCCAGAUCGGUAUCGAGAACGGAGCCACAAGACUAAAGACCGCCCACGACGCCCUGACUACACACCUCACCCAUCAAUCUCGAACAUUGAACUCCGCCACUGCUAUCAUGACUGGGCCCCGUGCCAUCAUGCCUCCUGCCGAAGAGAUCGAAGUUCUCCUCCCACUUAUAGCUAGCACCCUCGAGCUCCUCCCACAUUCCUCCCCACAAGCCCUGAUCGCCCUCUCUCAGCUUACGCUAUCAACACGCGAACUGCUUGAGCACUUUUCAAAUGUAUCAGAUAGCUUGCAUAUGUCGCGACAGAAGGCGAAUGAGGCGAGUCGAAAGCUCAGAUCGAGCAAAGACCAGCUAGCAGAGUGGAAGAAAGAUAUGGAUCUACGGGAAUUGGGUAUGGGCUACAUUGACAAUGGAGACUGGGACAGGCGGUUACGAGAUCGAGAAGUUGGCGCCGCUUGCGGUGACGUUGUCAAUGGUUUCGAAGAAGUUUGUGGCAUGUGGAGGAAGAAACUUUGUGAGGGGUUAGGUGUUGCGAGUGCGUAA